AUGAGUGCUGGAGGUGGAGCUGCUGCUAAUAACUUACCUCCUGGAGUGAAUCCAGAAAACAAUCCUCUGCCAGGAGGCCCAGUGAUCAAUCCAACAAUGAAUCGAAACCGGAACAACAAUCAGAAUCCUUUGUUUAAUGUGCGGGAGAGACUCUUCCAUGCCUUGUUUUUCAAGUUUGCAGUGGCCUAUGCACGCACCUUCCCUAGACCUGUAAGAAGAUUCUUUGAGUUUCUUGUGCUACUGAAGGCAUUGGUUGCUUUCUUUGUACUAGCCUACAUACAUAUAGCCUUUUCAAGAACACCAACAACAUGUUUAAAUCAUAUAAAAGAGUCUUGGCCUAGAGAUGGCAUCCUUAGGGUGGAGAUAUUAAGAAAUCCAGCCCAAGAUUAUUCUAUUGAACAAAGCUAUGCAAAGGAACGUAGAUUAAAGAAAGACAAGGAGGAACUUAAUUCAAUGCUUGGGAUGCUUGCUACUGAAGGGUUCAUUAAUAUAGAAUCAUCAUCAAGUGAUGAUGUUGAAGAGGAUGAUUACAUAAGAGAUGGUACAGAUUAUGGAAACAUAACACGUAUUCAUGAUGAGAAUCAAGAUGAAAUAGAAUCAGGAAGAGUCAUGGAAACCUCUUAUAUAAAUACUGGGCCUGAACUUGUGCCAAAUGAUGAAGAAACUGACCUUAAUGCAACAAUAGUUGCCACUGAAGAAAUUGAACCUGUUUCCUCUAUAUGGGAAGGAAUAAUAGGUCUUGUCGAAGAUAUCGAUAGAGAUUCUAAAGUUGUUGAUGACACUGAUGAGGCUGCAGCAAAUGACUCUUCAAAAGAUGAAGAUUAUAUUCUUGAGUAUUCACUUGAGUACGGUUUCCUGCGACUCUCGCCUAGUGCACGUCUUCGUCUCAAGAUCCCGGUUAAGAUUGUCACAUUGGACCCUCAGAAGGACGAGUGCUUUGGAGAUGCGUUCUCGCGUUUUGUCCUCGAUGAGUUUCUGGGUUAUGAUGACCUGCUUAUGGCCUCAAUUAAGACACUCGCCGAAAAUGAAGAUAACAAAGGAUACUUAAGAAACGUGAUUACCGGGGAGCAUUAUCGUUUCGUUUCCAUGUUGACUGCGCGCAGCUCUUACAUCGCUGCGUUCUUUAUCAUGCUGGUCUUUGUUUCCAUUGCACCGCUGCCGUUGGGCGGCGGGCAGGCGGAACACAGCGACAAUGCAUCAACAUUGAUCGUGACAGGAUCCAUUUCAAUAUAUGUCACCAGACUAAUCCGUCCGCUAGGAGUCACCGGCCGCACGAAUUGCAUUAAUCAGCUGUCAAACUGUGCGCGCUUCUCCGAUUUCCUAUGA